AUGGUAAAGGCUUUUGCGUCAUAUAAUGAUGAUGUUGCUAGAAUUGUUUUUGAAAAUGCUCCAAUAAAUGCCAAGUAUACCUCGCCACAAAUUCAAAAGGAGAUUGUGUAUAUUCUUUCUAGAAAAGUGAGAAGUAAGAUUCGGGAAGAUAUCGGCGAUGUCAAGUUUUGUAUUCUUGUUGAUGAAGCUCGUGAUGAAUCUAAAAGAGAGCAAAUGGCUCUUGUUUUAAGAUACGUUGAUAAAGAUGGUUUUUUACAAGAAUAUUUAUUUGAUCUUGUGCAUGUCAAAGAUACAACUUCAUUGAAUUUAAAAAAGGAUCUUUGUGCAGUUUUUUCUCAUUAUAAUCUUGAUGUUCACAAUCUCCGAGGUCAAUGUUAUAAUGGUGCUAACAAUAUGCGUGGUGAAUGGAAUGUUGCCGCAUCUAGGGAAGUAAUCGUUGUCCAUCAAUUCUUUUCAAACUUGAACUUCAUUAUCAAUAACAUCGGAGCUUCUUGCAAACGAACUGAUGAAUUACAUUCUGCUCAAGUUAUGGAAAUUGCCCAUUUGAUAGAUCUUGAUGAACUUGAAACUGGCCGAGGAGCUAAUCAGAUUGUUCUUAACAACCUCAUUGAAGAUGGAUGUAAUUACAAGAUUCGGGGAGAUGCUGAUAUUGCUUUUAAUACUCUUAGAUUAUUUCAGUUUGUGUUUAUUUUGCAUUUGAUAAAAGAUAUUAUGGGAAUAACUAAUAUCCUUUGUCAAGCUUUGCAACAAAAAGAUCAAGACAUCGUAAAUGCUAUGCAAUUGGUUUCAAGUACAAAACAAAUCAUUCUAAAAUUGAGAGAAAAUGGUUGGAACAACUUACUUGAUAUUGUUAAAUCAUUUUGUGAGUGCCACAACAUUGAUGUACCUGAUUUGAGUGUUCCCUAUACCAAAAAAAUUAAGGGUCAGUCACGUCACCCACAAGAGAAUAUUACACUUAAGCACCACUAUCGGAUUGAUAUAUUUUAUGGCACAAUUGAUUUACAAUUGCAGAAGUUGAAUAACAGAUUUAGUGAAAAGGCAAAUGAAACUUAUUACUCUCAGCUCAACUUUGGAUCCUAG